AUGGGUAGCACUGGAAGUGAUGUCUUCACUGAGAUAGGGUUUACAAAUUGGAAGAAAGGACCCAAAAAUCUUCGAGUCCAUGAGGAAGGUGUUGGAAGUCUUCAUAAUAAAGCUGUACAACAAGCUAGAUAUUUGAUGACACAAAAGCAACACAUUGAAACAUUUGUGAUUAAGAAAACCGAUGAAGCUCGCAUUAAUUAUCGUAAUCUAUUGAGUGCCUCACUUGAAUGCACAAGAUGGUUGUUGGGAGAAGGUUUGCCUUUUCGUGGCCACGAUGAAUCGUUGAAAUCAAGCAAUAGGGGUAAUUAUUUGGAGCUUAUGCAAUUUCUUUCCAAGCAUAACAAACAAGUUAGGAAGGUUGUGUUUGAGAAUGCUCCCAAGAAUCUUAAAUAUUCUUCUUCUGAUAUUCAAAAAGAUCUUGUCCGUGCUUGUGCCAUUGAAACUGUAGAUGCAAUCACUAAAGAUAUGGAAGAGCAAAUGGCGGUGGUAUUGCGUUAUGUGAACAAAAAAAGAGAAGCAAUUGAAAAGUUUUUGGGUGUUCAACAUGUCUCCUCUAUAACUAGUAGCUUGCUUGAAGAUGCCAUUGAGAGAUUGUUUGGUACAACAAAUUUGAGUAUGUCCAAGUUACGACGACAAGGUUAUGAUGAAGCUAGUAAUAUGAAAGGUGAGUUAAAUGGUCUUAAAACAAAGAUUUUGAACAAAUACCCUCAAGCAUUUUAUAUUCAUUGUUUUGCAAACCAACUCCAACUAGCUCUUGUAUUCGUGGCAAAGGAAAAUGAGGAUGUUGCCAAUUUCUUCAUCAAUGCUAGUAGUUUGGUGAAUCUUAUUGGAUCAUCGUGUAAGCGUCCUGAUGCAUUUAGAGAGAAACAACAAGAACAAAUUCAAAAAGCUCUUGAUCUUGGUAAUCUUGAAACAGGUAAAGGGUUAAAUCAAGAAAGUAGUCUCAUGCGUCCAUGUGAUACAUGGUGGAACUCGCAUUAUGGUACUAUAGUUAGUAUUAUUGUUAUGUUUGAAGCCAUGUUGGAGGUGGUUGAAUGGAUUAAAAGUGAUCGCAACCAAGAUAAUCUCGGUGAAGCAACUAGGUUAUUCAAAGACAUACAAACUUUUGAUUUUGCAUUUCACCUUUUCUUGAUGAGACUUAUAUUGGGAAUUGCAAAUGAGAUAUCACAAGCAUUGCAAAAGAAAGAUCAAGAUAUUGUGAAUGCGAUGGCGUUAGUGGAAGUAUGCAAGAAAAGACUACAAUCCUUGAAAGAUGAUGAUUUUGGGGACUUGCUUCAUGAUGUAGAAAAGUUUUGUGAGGAGCAUGAUAUUGUCAUUCCUAACAUGGAGGAAUUUGCAUUUCGUACCUAG